CCCGACGCCUCUCAUCACCACCAAAUCGCGAAGCGGAAAAAACCGGAGAACGUAGGUAAAAAGACCGACCCGGUUCGAGCCGCCAUGCCUUCUCUCGAGGCCUCUAAACGGCCGGUUCAGAUCCGGUCCGUGUACGCCGACAACCUCGAGUCGGAAUUCGCGCUGAUCCGGGACGCGGUGGACCGGUAUCCGUUCGCCGCCAUGGACACGGAGUUCCCCGGCGUGGUCUACCGGCCCCGGAAGCACCCGCUCCUCCUCUCGCCCGCGGAGCGGUACGCCCUCCUCAAGUCCAACGUGGACGCGCUCCACCUCAUCCAGGUCGGCCUCACGCUCUCCGACGCCGCCGGCGAGCUCCCCGACCUCGGCACCGAGGGCGCCAUCCGCUUCGUCUGGGAGUUCAACUUGCGCGACUUCGACCCCCGCUGCGACCGCCACUCGCCGGACUCCGUCGAGCUCCUCCGCGCCAACGGCGUUGACUUCGACAAGAACCGCGCCCACGGCGUCGACUCCCGCCGCUUCGCCGAGCUCCUCAUGUCCUCCGGCCUCGUCUGCAACGACUCCGCCGUCAGCUGGGUCACCUUCCACAGCGCCUACGACUUCGCAUACCUCAUCAAAACCCUAACUUGCCGCAAGUUGCCCAGGACCAUGGAGGAAUUCUUGGGCCUCGUUAGGGUUUUCUUUGGAAAUCGAGUGUAUGACAUGAAGCACAUGAUGAAGUACUGCGAUAGCUUGUAUGGUGGGUUGGACCGGGUGGCGAGCACGCUGCAGGUCGAUCGGGCCGCCGGGCGGUGCCACCAAGCCGGCUCCGAUAGCUUGCUCACAUGGCAGGCGUUUCGGAGGAUGAAGGAGCUCUACUUUGCCAAGGAUGAUGACGAGAGGCACGCCGGAAUUCUGUAUGGAUUGGAAGUUUUCUAAUAUGAAAAAAAGAUGAUAUUAAUUCUGUUCCUCUCUCUCUUUUCUUUUUAUGUGAAUUUCAUUCUUUGUGUAGUUCUUCUGUCAAGAAAUUUAAUUUUUUGGUGACUAUAAGGAUCUGAAGGAAGGUAAAAAUUGGUUCUUUGAUGAUAAAA